AUGGAUUGGCAAGGACAGAAGGUAGCAGAGCAAUUGAUGCAGAUAUUGCCGGUGGUAUUUGCAGUUGCAACAUUUAUAACAGGUUAUGUUGUGGGUUCAUUUCAACUGAUGUUGAUAGUGUAUGAUGGGGGGGUGAUUUUGACAACUUUGAUUACAAUUCCUAAUUGGCCCUUUUUUAACAAACAUCCUCUCAAGUGGUUAGAACCAAGUGAAGCUGAAAAGCAUCCAAAACCACAGGUGGCUGUGACUUCGGUUUCAAAGAAGAAACCCAACAAGAAAUAG